GAAUAUGGUCCAUUUUUAGUUACCAUCUUUGUAGGGGAAAAGUAAUGAAGGCAUUCCUGGAGGUUGUUCUAAAUUUCACAACUUUUUCCUCGUGCAGUAGUUUCGAGUGAUUUUGAUCGCACAUUUGGUGUCAUCUGCUCUUAGUGAGUACAAAACACCACCUCUGUGCCCUGCUCUGCUUUGUUGUGGUCUUCCUAUGAGCACGAGCGUUAGUGGUUUCCAUUAGCAACCGGACCCGUGCUCAGAAAGAACAACAGCUCGCGCAGCCGGAGUGUCCCAGACAGACUACACACAGAGCCAGGAGGAGGUCAUCGUGAUGUGGAGAUAGUUGUGGUUGGUGACAUCGCUGUGAAGAGGUGAAGUGAGGCAAACAGAUAAAGGGGGUCCCGCUGCACUGAUCAUGACUGCUGUGGUUCGACCUGGAGACACUGUUUCUGAGCUAUGUGAGGAAGCAGACAAGUUCCUCGAGGCUGGAGAGCUCGGUAGGGCCACCUCUCUCUACAUGUCUGCCUUCAGGACUCACGCCGCCUCCACCGUGUCUCACAUGCGCAAAAUGAAAUCCAGCCUGGGUGCGGUGAUCUCUACCCUUGAAGGUUGGCUUGACGGUAACGAGGAGAACCAGCCUGCUGAGGGUCUUAACAAAGGUCUCGCAGCUGUGUUUCUAUCCACACUCUGCCCCAACAAUCUGUCAGCCACCAUUUUCAAAAUGGAGUCUCUCCUUCAGAGUGGCGGGCAUGGCUGCGAGGAGAUUUUUGCUCGCUGCACUGCUCUGCUUGAUGGGAAGCGAAACUCUCAUCUACAGGGUGCGACCAGUAUGGUGUUAGAGAUAACUCGUGCCCUGGCCUGCUUGUUGUCAGAGCCUCACAGCAUCAAGGGGCUGAAGCUUUACCUCAAAGCUUAUCAGAAUAACAAAUUGGACACCGUCACAUUGAUUAAGAACAGACAAGCUCAGCACUUGCCCAAAAUAGUGAGGGCUUUUACAGACCAGGUACUGCACAUACAUCCUUCUCUGAUGUUUGAGAGCGAGUAUCUAGUUACAACAAAGGAGGAUGAAAAGAUAGAUGGAGAGGCCUCUUCUAUACUUAUUGAGUUUUUGUUGGCUAUCUCACCUGCUGAUAGAGAAGUUCAGGAACUUCAAGCAGCAUAUUUGUUUUUGGCAGGCAGGUUUGGGGACAGUGCAGAGGUGUACUCUGCUCUCUUGCAUCAUGGUCAGAAAACAUCCGACAGUAGUACACACAAGUCACUCCAAGACACUUCUGAGAAGAGGGCUGGAUUCCUAACCGGUCGUGCAGCUGCCUGCUUGUCAGCAGGUGGGCGUGCUGCAGAAGCGUGCAGAGAUCUAGGGGAGGCAUUUGAGAUCCACCCGGCCACUGCUCGAAUUUAUUUCCAAAAGCUAUUCACAGAUCAUGGCACAGGGGUGGCUGCUCGCAAGCAUCUCCGUCAGCAGGCAGAAAGGGGCCUGUCUGCUUACAGAGAAAGGGUUCUCAUCCGCCCAGACCUGCGGUCCACUGAUGGAGUUGAGCUGCUGGACCCUGUGAUCACCCAGUUACGGACUCUGUGCCAUUUAGAGCCUGACGGGGGAGGCAGAGAGCUGCGGGUACGACUGGCUGACUGUCUUCUCCUCAGAGGAGAACACAAAGAGGCCCUCUCAAUCUGUAGCCAGCUAGCUGCUGCCCAAGGCCACCAGAGCUAUCAAAACACAGUGCAGGUUCUUCGUGGAUAUGCGCGACUUCUCUCUGAUGACCAUAAGGGGGCGUUGGAAGACUUCCAGGCUGUGAUUGAACACAAUGCCCCCCAUCCGUCCAGCUGUGUGCGGGCGCUGUGUGGCAGGGGCCUCCUCCGCAUGAUGGGCAGCUUAAACUACCUCACAGCUCUAGACUAUGUGACAGCAAGCAGACUGCAUCCUCAGGAAACAGCACUGACUGUUCGCUGCUUAGUGCCAUGGAACUACCGGGGGCUGCUGUUUACUGUUUUACUUGAGCAGGGACGAGUCAUGCUGGAGGGGACUGGAGAGCACGAAUCCAGGUCUAGUACCAGUGGAGACUCCCAGCAAGAGAAUCAGCUUCAUGCACCAACAAAAAGAGAAAACCACAGAUCAGGGACUCCUGCUGGUGUCCAGUCCCUGGCUGUGCUGUUGAUGGAGCUCCAGCCCAGUGCUGAUGGGUCUCAAAUCCUGGCAGCAGAUGCUUUGUACCAGCUUGGCCGAGUGGAGGAGGCUUACAGGUUACUACUUUCUGUUGGCCCCAUCAGUCCUCGGGCACCCAUACUGGCUCGCCUCGCCCUGCUGCAGCUGCACAGAGGCUUUCUUUAUGACACCAAUCAGCUGCUGAAAAAACUCAUUCAGUGCGGUGAUACAAGCUGCUUGCGCCCCCUGUUGGCGGUGGCACGACCAAAGGAUCGGGGACUGCUGCAGGCACACUGUCACUCUGCUGCGAAACGCAUCCUGGAGGCCACACGAGAGGAAAGAGCUGUCAGGGAGGCUGUGGCAUAUCUCUCCAUCGCUAUCAUGGCCUCUGGUGGUGAGGCAGCAGACUCUUUGCUGGAGAGAGGGAGGUGUUAUGUCCUGCUGGGCCAACGAAAGACAGCCAUCUUUGAUUUCAGUGCCAUCCUGAAGGAGCACCCAAAACAUGUUCAGGCACUCUGUGGACGAGGCUUCACCUAUCUCGUGCUGAACCAACAAAAGGAGUGCACUCAAGAUAUCCUGGCAGCACUUCAGAUAAGUACUGACAUAGUCAUCAAAGACAUCCUUUCACUCAAGGACAAAGCACGGAAGCUGGUCUGUGAUUGGCUGCAUCAGUUCUGUCGUGCCAAUCUGUCAGACAUCCUGAUCGUUAAUGCUGUCCCCUGCCACGAAGAGCACCUCAGAGAGGCUUUUAUAAUCGGUGGAGCUCUGAUGAGGACAGACUGCAGAGACCCAAGAUGGCAUCUCCUCUAUGUGGACAUACUGUUAGCCAAAGGUGAAGUUAAGGCAGCAGGUGCUCAUCUGUGUCAGGUGUUUGGCCAGGAGCCAAGAGAUGCAGUGGCCCAGGCCAGGGUGGGGGUGGUAGAGGCCUGGCAGCAGAACUACCGCAGCGCGGCACGCAGGCUCAGCAAACUGACUGAGAAAGACUCAUCCAGUCUAGACUUCCUGCUGGCUCUGAUCCCAUUCAAUCAGCGAAAACACAUGGCACAGGCAGCAGCACAGGAGGCCGGCAGUGUGGCAUCUGUUGGCCAGUGGGAUCAGGCAGUCACACUCCUGACUGUGGCUGUACAAGCAGUUGGCAAUCACAGACUCCAGUAUCUUCGCCAGCGGGCUGCCUGCCUCGCUCAGCUGGGCUUACACGAGCGAGCCAUAGCUGACCUGGACAAAGUUAUCCAGAGACACAGUGACUCCAGCUGCUCAGACGACCCCCAAAUAUGGGUGGAGGACUUGUGUCGGCGAGGCCGAAGCCUGGUGCUCUGUUCCAGAGAAGGAGCAGCUCUGGAGGACUUCACUCAGGCCUUGGAGCUCCACAAGAACCGGGCCAUUCAGUGUGUGGAGGCUGGUCUGGGGAGGCUACGUGUGGCUGAGUGCUUCCUGCGGGGGGCGUUGCAGCACUAUGGAGAGCAGCAGCUCGAUAAAGCCUGGACAUUGAUUGAAUGUGGCCUUGUUGUGGACAGUGAGAACACAGAGCUUCGUAGAUUGAGGGCAAGGGUCAAACGAGAAGUGGCCAGCCCCUGCAAUGUCAACUAGAAUCGCACAGGGAGCAGGAGCUCCAGCAGUGUCAGUGCCUAUACCUAAAGAUGUCGUAUUAUGGAGGUUCAAUCCAACUGAUGAGAUAUCUUUUAAAGGUUCUUUGAGGACA